AUGUCAAGUUCGGUGCUCCUCACGUGGCUCGGCGCGCAGGAAGCGACGGAGAAGCACGAGCAGGCGGAGGUGGAGGGCAACAUCGUGAAGAGCCGGCGAUGGAUCGAGUGCUCCUUGAAAAACUACGCCGACACGUUCGACUGGGUCAAGGUGGCCCUCGCCAUGCCCGAGCGCGAGCUCAUCCAGCACGCCGGUCUCGAUAGCGUCGUCUUCCUCCACACUCUCAAACUCGGGUUCAAGAUCUUCGUGCCGAUCUUACUGCUGGCGGCCGCAAUUCUGUUCCCCAUCAACUUCACGGGCGGGUCGCUGGAGGCGCAGGCGGCGUACGCGGAGCAGCAGGUGGCCGCGGGGAACACGAAAGCGAAGCUCUUUGAAUACUCUGAGAUUGACAAGCUCUCCAUUGCCAAUGUGCCCGAUGGCUCGCCCAGCCUGUGGGCGCAUGUGGUGCUGGCAUGGGUGUUCAACCUGUGGGCGCUGUACAUGCUGCGAGAGUCCUUCAAGCACGUUGCCCGCAUGCGCCUUGACUUCCUCGCGGACCAGCACAGGGCGCCCAACCAGUACACUGUGUUGGUGCGGCAGGUGCCAGCAGACCCCAUCAAGUCCAUCCCAGAGACCGUGGAUCACUUCUUCUCAGUCAACCACUCCGAUCACUACCUGCUCACUCAGCCGGUGUACAACGCGAACAAGCUGUCGAGUCUGGAGACGAAGAGGGACUGGCUGGAGAACAAGCUGACGGAGAUGGAGAUCAAACUGGAGAAGUCGGGCGAGCGCCCCAUGCACAAGGACGGGUUUCUGGGGAUGAUGGGCACGCAGGUGGAUUCAAUCGAGUUCUACACACAACAGAUUACCGACAUAAAAAAGGAGAUCCUGCAAGAGCGUGAGAAGGUGGUCAACGACAGCUCCUCAGUCAUGCCGGCAGCGUUCGUCUCAUUCCGCACGCGGUGGGGCGCAGCAGUGGCAGCCCAGACACUCCAAUCAAAGGACAGCUCGCAGUGGAUCACGCACUGGGCGCCGGAGCAGCGCGACGUCAAGUGGGAGAACCUGCCGAUGCCGUAUGUCAGCCUCAUGCUGCGGCGUAUCAUUGUCGGCGGGAUUGUGAUCGCCAUCAUUCUGGGGUACACCUUCCCCGUCAGCUUUGUGCAGUCGCUCGCCAACAUUGACCAGCUCGCGAAAGUCGCGCCGUUCCUCGAGCCCAUUCUCAACGUUCCCUUCAUUAACGCUUUCGUGAAGAGUGUUCUCUCUGGUAUCGCGCUCAAGAUCUUCCUCGCGAUCCUGCCAAUGCUACUAACGUUCCUGUCAACGGCGGAGGGGCACACGGCCAAGUCGGGCAUAGACCUGGCGGCCACGGGCAAGUACUUCUACUUCAUCAUCGGCACCGUCUUCUUCGCCAACGUGCUCGGCGGCGUGCUCCUCGACCAGGCCAAAAACCUCUCUCAAAACCCCUCCGCUGUGCCGCAGAUCCUGGGCGACCGCAUCCCCACCAAGGCCACGUUCUUCAUGACGUACACCAUGCUGGACGGGUGGACCGGCAUGGCCAUGGAGGUGCUGCAGCUCGUGCCGCUCAUCAUGUUCCACAUCAAGAACAACCUGCUGGUGCGCACGCCAGCGGACCGCAUCAAAGUCAUGAACCCCUCGCCGCUCACGCUCAUCGAAACGCUCUACCAGGUGGAGCUCUACUUCCUGCUGCCCUUUGUCUACUGCGUCUCCAACCCGCUCUACCUGAUCUUCGCUAUUGUCUUCUUUGUCCUCGCGUUUGUCGCCUACCGUAACCAGAUGAUCAACGUGUACAACGCGGAGUAUGAGACCGCUGGUGCCUACUGGCCGCACUUCCACUCGCGCCUCAUAGCGUCCAUGAUCAUCCAGCACCUCACUCUCAUCGGCAUCUUUGCUCUCAAAGAGGCCAAACUGCAGGUGUGGUUCCUGGUGCCGCUGCCCAUCUUCACCGUUGCUUUCCACUACGUGUUCAUCAACGGCCCCUUCGACUCCAACUUCUCCAAAUACGCUCUCGAGGAGGCGAACCGCAAGGACACGAUCGACCGCACGAUCAGCCCCGACCUGGACCCGUCGUCGUUCCUGGCGCGUGCGUACCUGCACCCGUCCCUGCAGUCCGCGUUCCAACUCCUGGACGAGGAGCAGGACGGGCAGAACGGGGCCAAUGGGGACGAGAGGGAGGAGGGAGAGGGGGGAGAUGGAACGGGCGAGAAGGACGGGAAGCGGAGGAAAAGUGGGGAUAUGGGGUUGGAUGGAGAGAAGGAGAUGAGGGGGGGUGCGGCAACCCCAGAGAGUGCACGGCAGAGUAAGGAGGAGAGGAGGCGGAGCAAAGAGUUGGAGAAGGGUGGGGAGAGGCGGAGUAAGGAGUUGGAGGAGGGGAGGGAGAAAGAGCCACAGGUGAAGCUGGUGGCUGUGAAGAGGCAUCCCCGCAGCACACAGGCGUCGCCAGCACCGGAGGCGAUGGUAACCGGGUUACGAGCGUCGAGCCCUCUACCAGCAGGGACUGCUGAGAGGGCGGCAAGAGGGAUGUCGCCUGUGAGAAGCUCUGCUGCUGAGGCGUUCAGCAGAGCAGACAGUACAGACGAGCUGGCGUUUGAAGAUGCGCCUGAUUUUUCACCUGUGCAUUCACCUGAGGCUGAUUUGCGGUUGUCAAGUGGGGCAGGAGUGCAGGCAGGGGCGGCGAGAGCACCAUCUCCUGCGACAGCUGGCACUCUGCCGCUGCUGCAAGGGAGAAGCAGGGCUGAAGAUGAUGGGGCAGGUGGGGGAAGGUCCUCCUUUAAUCUAUGA